AUGCAGUUCCUCAAGGCUCUUCUCGCUCUUCCUCUGGCCGCGGCCGUUGCAGUACCAGGCGGCUGGAAAGACAACAACUGCUUGACGGAUGCGGAUGCUCAGUACAUCAUCAGCCAGUCGACGGUCUUCCUGGAGCACAAGGAUGUAGCUGCUGCUAAGGCCGCGGCCUACUCCAUCUUCACAGACGAUAUCCAGGAGUUCGGCGACUCCAUUAACUCCCUUCGUGGUGAUCCUCUCGGCACGCAAGUUGAGAACGGUAUCACGAGAUAUGUCAAUGAGACGACAUCGCAACCACCCAUCCCCAACAUUACCACCAUUGACUACUUCUACGACUGCAAUGAUCUGCUCUGGGAAUGGUACUUCGACCUCGGCAUCCCAGCACCAUCGCCCAACUAUCGCAUUGAGGGUGUAACCAUCAUCAAGGUCAAUUCCGACAAGAAGGUUUACUACCAGAAGGUCAUCUUCAACAGUCUGGCAUGGGCUGAGAACAUUGGCUUCACUGUCAUUCCUCCUGCUGGUGGCAUUGGAGGAUAA